GUAGUUUUUGAGAUAUAUUGCUUUUUGUCACCGCCAUUUUUUUCAUUACACACUGUAUGUCUAUUCAGAGUAAAUUCUUUUGAAGCUUUAAAAGUUCAUAAGCUGGGCAGCUUCUCGCUUUCUGCACUCUCCUUCUUGGAGUUACCUCCAUCGCAAUGA